GGCCAGAGCGUGAUAUUUACAUUAGGUGUGUCACAAUUUACAGCGUUUACUGAUAAUUUUACCUUGUUUCAGACUUAGGUAUUGCAAUAUCGAGUCCACCCGUUAAAAGGGGGCUGCCUAGAGAAGAAAACUUUGUCCGUGACAAGAUCCGCUCACUAUGUGGUACCUAGUUCUCCUCGUGGCCCUUCCUUUGGCACUCGGGCAAGGAUGCGGUGAGUACCUGACCACCCCUACAGGCGAGUUCACCACUCCGAACUAUCCCGGCGAUUACCCGAACAACACCCUCUGUAACUGGAACAUCCAGGUACUUUCUGCCAGUCACUUGUACCUGCAGUUCGAGGAUCUGGAGUUGGAGGAAGUAGGGGGCGUUUGUCGUGACCGAGUUGACGUCUGGGAUUUGGCUGCCCCCAACCCACUCUUAGCCCGUGUUUGCGGGGAUACCCCUCCCGGACUCAUCACUACCGCCAGCAGCUCUAUCUUCCUCAACUUCCAGUCGGACGACUCCAUUUCUGGGCGGGGGUUCAAGGUCUCCUACACGUCAGAGCGACUACCUAUGGGGGUGUCCUGGGAUUGUUACACGGGCGAAUCCAUUGACUACCGAGGGACGGUCCGUGUGACUGAGACUGGGAAGACAUGUCAGCGGUGGAGCAGCCAGACACCACACGCACACAACUUCAGACCAGAGGUUAUUACCGACAGAGGUCUUGACGAGAACUUCUGUAGAAAACCGGACGGAAACAACACGUACUACUCCGACGAGAGGCCGUGGUGCUACACCACCAACCCAAGUGUACGCUGGGAAUACUGUGACAUCACUCCCUGUGAGGACGGAGUGACACCCACCGUCCCUACUACAACCGUGUCCACCACUACAGUCUCCACUAUCCCGCCCACACCGGACUACUGGACCGGCUCGACAUUGUCUCCGAACAUCAGCGAAUGUGGAGUUCCCUCCAUCCCGCCUAUAACUAACACCUCCGCCAGGAUUAUAGGUGGUAUCGACUCUCGGCCUGGGAGCUGGCCUUGGCAGGUUUCUCUCUGGCAGCGGGGCUACGAUUCUCACGUGUGCGGAGCGUCUCUGAUUGGUCGCCAGUGGGUCCUCACCGCGGCACACUGUGUUGAAAGGGCUCAAAAUCCGACCCAGUGGAAGGUCCGUGUAGGUACCUACACGCGGGAGGUCGACGACCCCAAUCAGGAGAUGCAUGACGUGAAGCACGUCAUCAUGCACCCACACUAUGACACCAUGUCUCUGGACAACGACAUCGCGCUGCUGCAGCUGAACGAUCCAGUCACUGUCUCUGCGCAUGUGCAGCCGGUGUGCAUCUCAGCGCAGGAGGUUCCCGAGGGUUACGACUGUUACGUCACAGGAUGGGGAGACACCACAGGAUCCGGCAACGAUCUCGCUUACUUCCUGCAACAGGCUCGGAUCCAGAUCAUCGACACGGUCACGUGUAACCAGUGGAACUGGUACAACAAUGAGGUCACAGGGAACAUGCUGUGUGCUGGGUACGAGGCUGGCGGGGUGGACGCCUGUCAGGGUGACUCAGGCGGGCCGAUGGUCUGUCAGGGUAAGGACGGCCAGUGGUACCAGGCUGGGAUCGUGUCGUGGGGCCACGGCUGUGCCCAGGCCAAGAAGCCUGGCGUCUACACCAAGGUGGCUAAGUUCGUCCACUGGCUAGACCAUACCAUGUCAGUACAUGACAACGAUCACGCCAUCUUUGGAAAAUAACCACAGAUCAGAUUAUCAAGAAAGUUCAUCUGUGUUGGUAGUAGCCACAGUACAACGUUAAAUUUUAUUCCCACUCAAAGAGUACAAAGGGAUCACAUUUUCAACGACCACUGUUUUAAGAGGUAUAAAGGAGGCCAUAUAUAUCAGGGCACUCCAGUCACCACUUAAUAGAGACGGUGGACGAUAUAGACUUCCUUCCACGUUUGAACAAUUGCUGACGUCACGUAUCCGUAAAGUCUCGUGUGAAUAAGGUCACGUGUCUCUAACUGCAACUCUCGCGGGUUUAUGUUCUAAGUGAUUGGUCAUUCAUUAUCCUGAUGGAGGCAACAGUGGUCGUUUAAAAUUUCAUCCCAGUGUACUCUUUGUGUUGGAAUAAAGUUCGACAUUGCAAUAUAACCACAGAUCAAAAUGAGUGGUAAAUUCCACAGGACAACCGUCGGCAGUAUGGGAAUGUUGCCAGAGCAUGGGUGUCCAUAGAUUGAAUUAAACUUGUUGACCAUCAA